CCCUCGGCUGAGAGGCAUUGGCCAAUCGGACAGCGAGGACGCCCGGUGGUGCGGCGGGUGGAGUGACCUCGGGGGCGGUACGGGAGCCGGGCAGGGUCAGGCUGGCCGCGAUGGCUCUAUGGAGUAGGGGCGGCCAAAUGGGCCUGGGCCUGGACGUGGGCCUGGCCCGUCUCGUCUGCGCGCGGGGGCUUUGGUGCUCCCGAAGGCAGAGCCGCGGAUCCCAGCAAGGGGAAAGCGCCGAAAGGCCACCAUCUUCAUCAGAGACAAGGAAGCUGCCCAAGAUUUACACCAAAACGGGAGACCAAGGUUUUUCCAGCACUUUCACUGGGGAAAGGAGACCGAAAGAUGACCAAGUGUUUGACGCCUUGGGAACAACUGAUGAACUAAGUUCAGCCAUUGGGUUUGCCAUCGAAGUCAUGACAGAAAAAGGCCAUACGUUCGUGGAUGAACUUGAAAAAGUCCAGUGCAGGUUGCAGGACGCCGGCUCCGCCAUUGCCACACCACUGUCUUCCGCCAGGGAGGCUCACUUGAGGCGCACAGCGUUCAGUGAGGAUGCCGUCCGGGACCUGGAGCGCUGGAUAGAUGCAUACACCAGCCAGCUCCCUGCCCUCACAGCCUUCAUUCUGCCCUCAGGAGGCAAGAGCAGCACAGCACUCCACGUAUGCCGAGCCGUGUGCCGAAGGGCUGAGAGACGUGUGGUUCCUCUAGUCCAGGCUGGGCAGACGGAUGCGAAUGUGGCCAAAUUCUUGAACAGACUCAGUGACUAUCUCUUCACUUUGGCCCGAUAUACAGCCAUGAAGGAGGGGAGGGAAGAAAAGAUAUACCGAAGACAGGACCCCUGCCCCUAAGGCUGGGACACUGAGGGACGCUGGGGACAUCCUGUAAAGAGGAAGGCCGGUGCCCUCCUUCUCCCAUCACAGCAAGGGGGGGAAGGAGUUACCAUGUGUAGCGUCCAGACCCAGGACUGUCCUGAUGAAAAGCCUGAACCCCAGCCCCACCCCUCCCCCUUACUCAGAUCGAAUUUCAGCCCCUUCCCGGCCCCCUCCACGUCUCAUCCUCAUCCACUCUGAGCAGCCAGCACCCCCAGUGAUGGGGAGGCCUAGCGUCUCUGAAAACAAAACUAUCAGACCCGCGUAGGCCAGAUGCCAAAGGUGGCCACAGAAUAAAAGGCACGCCUGAGUCCCGCGUGUA